UUUCUUCCCCUGUAUAGAACUACUGAAAACUCUAGAAUGAAGUUCCAUUGCACACAAAUUCUUCAUUCCAUUUCCAAUCUUUCUCCCUCACUCUCAGCUUUUAAGAGAUGCCAUCACCUCACCCUCUCAGAAACCUCACCACCCCAUCACCACCACUUCUCCAUUUUCUUCCUUCAACCUCUUUCACUCUCUCAUUCUCCCAUUCCCAUCCCAUGACACCUUCAUUCUCUUCUUCUGCAUCUUCUCCAUCUUCAUCUUCUCCUUCAACAUCUUCUUCCACCCCCCAACAACAACAACAAAAUCCUCAGAACAACCUCAACCAACACAAACUCUCCCACGUUCUCAAAUACCACAACCAAACCAAGCACAACUUCAACCAAUACGCCCGGGGGCCUCACGGCCUCGACUGGGCCAACCAGCCCAACCCUUUUCGCAGAUACCUCUCCGCCCCUCUCAUCUCUCUUCUCCACCCACAACCACCGUAUCAACCACCGCUUUACCACUCUCUCUUCCUUUCUCUCCCCUCUCCCCACCCCAUUUCCCAAUCCACCGUUUCCCAGUUCCUCUUCGAUUCCCUCGCCCUCUCCGCCUGGAAAACCACCGGCUUCUCCACUUGGUCCCUCAGGGUUAACCCAAGUAGCGGCAAUUUGCACCCCACUGAAGCCUACAUCGUUGCCCCACCCAUACCCUCUAUCUCCGAUUCCGCUUUUGUCGCUCAUUAUGCCCCAAAGGAGCAUUCUUUGGAACUCAGAGCGCAAAUCCCAUCUGGGUUUUUCCCUAAGUUUUUUCCACCCAAUUCGUUUCUUGUUGGGUUGUCCUCGGUUUUCUGGCGUGAGGCUUGGAAGUACGGGGAACGGGCGUUCAGGUACUGUAACCAUGAUGUCGGUCAUGCCAUUGGGGCAGUUGCCAUGGCUGCUGCGAGUCUUGGUUGGGAUGUGAAGGUUUUGGAUACCUUGGGGUGUGAGGAGUUGAAGACUCUCAUGGGGCUUCAUGUUUUCCCUGAUUUUGAGAUUCCAUCGCGUGCUGUUAGAGGGAAGAUUCCAGAAAUUGAGUUUGAGCAUCCUGAUUGUGUGAUGCUGGUUUAUCCGAAUGGGGUUGGUGGAUUUGAUAUUAAUUGGAAGGAAUUAAGUGAAGCUAUAUUGGGGUUUGAUAAGUUGGAGUGGAAGGGGAAACCUAACUCCCUUAGCAAAGAGCAUGUGUGUUGGGAUGUUAUUUAUAGGACUGCUGAGGCUGUGAAGAAGCCUUUGACAUUGGGAGAUAAGUUCUUGGUUGAGCCGUUUCAGAGGAGUGGUGUUUGUGGAGAGGGUUUGUAUAAGGGGUUAAGUAUGAGGGAAGUUGUUAGGAAGCGAAGGAGUGCUGUUGAUAUGGAUGGAGUUACAAAAAUUGAGAGAGAUGCAUUUUAUCAGAUUCUGUUGCAUUGUCUUCCUUCAGGUUGCCAGGGUGGAGGGAGGCAAAGAAGGCCGCUAGCCUUGCCAUUCCGGGCUCUUCCAUGGGAUGCCGAGGUGCAUGCUGCUUUGUUUGUUCAUAGAGUGGUGGGAUUGCCUCAAGGAUUGUAUUUCUUGGUGAGGAAUGAAAAUCAUUUUGAUGAAUUGAAGAAAGCAAUGCUACCUGACUUUUUGUGGACCAAGCCUGAGGGCUGCCCGGAUGAGCUUCCACUGUAUGAACUGCUAAGAUCUGAUUGCCAGAAGCUGGCAAAGCAGCUUUCUUGCCACCAGGACAUUGCAAGUGAUGGUUGCUUCAGCCUUGGUAUGGUAGCCCGUAUGGAACCUACUUUGCGUGAGAAGAAUGUCUGGAUGUAUCCACGAUUAUUUUGGGAAACUGGAGUCCUUGGACAGGUGUUGUACCUUGAAGCACAUGGUAUUGGAAUCUCAGCAACUGGAAUUGGUUGCUUCUUUGAUGACCCUGUUCAUCAGCUCCUUGGCUUAAAAGACUCAACAUUCCAGAGCCUUUAUCAUUUUACUGUUGGAGGUCCUGUCUUAGACAAGCGUAUAAUGAGUUUACCAGCAUAUCCAGGCCCUGAUGACGAUGCUUAAAGCUGCACCAAUGAAUUCAAAUUAUCAUUCAAUGCUCACAGGGUAACUUAUUUACAGAAGGCAUGUUAGAUGAAUCCUUCUUACAACCACACUUUCUAUAAACUUUUCUAACAUUCUAUAUAUGUGAGGUGAAAUCAUCUUGCUUGCAUAAACUACACAUACUAUAAGAUUUUGACAUUGGUAACAAACUAAAUGCGUAAUAAUCAUCACAACAAUAAAUCUGAGUUAGGAAUUGUACUACAA